CUAAACAAGACAGCUCGGUGACAGUGAGCGGCGCCUUAGUAACUUACACUGUUAACAAUUGACAAUGAUGAAAUGGAUAGAGAUUCAGGCCACAUUUUGGCUGGAAAUUUUAACUCGAGCUGUUCUCUCUGUUAUAUUUCUAGAGUUGGAACAAACACCCCCGUUUGUGCGCAAGAUUCACAUAGAUGAAUUAUGGCUUUACAAGAAUCCUCGUACGCCAUCAUAUGUUCCAACUAGUAUCUUAUGGCCCCUUGUGUUCAUAGUGCCAACAUCGGUAAUGCUUCUGUACUUCCUGGUAAAACGUGACAGGACUGAACUCUGUCAGGGGCUCUUUGCCCUGUCACUUGCUCUGGGAUUGAAUGGUGUCAUCACCAAUAUCAUCAAACUUAUUGUUGGACGACCACGACCAGAUUUUUUUUAUCGCUGUUUUCCGGAUGGACAUGAAGAUCUUGGGAACGUCAUAGACAUAGGUUCAGUAUGUACUGGAGAGGCUCACACAAUACAGGAGGGACGCAAGAGCUUCCCUAGUGGCCAUUCAUCAUUUUCAUUUUGUAGCCUGGGGUUCCUCAGCUUGUGGAUCUUCGGAAAACUGAGUGUUUUCAGCAAGAGGCGUGGGCAAGGCUGGAGGCUUGUGGUCGGCAUGGCUCCUAUCAUAUUGGCUUUAAUGGUUGCUCUUUCGCGCACCAGUGAUUACCACCACCAUUGGCAAGAUGUUUUAGUAGGAUCAGUGCUUGGACUGUUUAUCUCCUACUUGUGUUACCGCCAGUACUAUCCACGUCUAACUUCCCCACAUUGCCACCUUCCCUACCUCAUGGUACCUACUGUCAUCCAACCCAAAUGUGCUAAUGGAAUCCCUAUGAAGGAGUUCCCAAAGUUUCUUGACCCAGAAUCUCCAAUAGAAGAACAAGUUAAGUGGAUGUAACUUACUUUAGAACAGAACUGGAGUGUUUUGAUUCAGAUUAUUGAAUGAAUCUUCACUCAUUUCUGACAAAGGUGAUACGUAUUUUUACUGUUAAUAAAGUCCAUAACAACACUGUAAUAUAGUAGGGCCUGUCUACCUUGGACCUUCUACACCUUGGAACCUCCAUGAGCUAGCAUGGUAAAAAUAUGACGCAAGUUUUCAAGCCAUAUAGUACUGUAUACACCUCGAACACAGUAAGUGCAUAUACAGUAGUCCUUGAGUAGUACAGAACUGGUCAGAACCUGCGUACUAUUCAAGUUAAGCUAAUUUCAACUGUGAGUUACCUCUGCCAACAAUGGGGGUCCCAUUUUAAGAUGAGACUUGUUAUGUUCACGAGCAUUUACAGAAGGUACAAGUCCAAAUUCUUUAAAAAAUUAAAAGUAUUAGGGGAAAGAUAAAGAUUUUAUGACUCUUUUUUAAAUAUUUGUGUAAACAUAGUAGCCGUAUACAGUAUUAUAUAUUGUAUAUAGUAGGCUGAGAAGUUGUAUAACAAGUGUAAACACUGUAUUUUACAGUAUAAUACACACACACACACAUUCCACCUACAUACUCUACCAUCUCUGCCUAACACACGUCACCUCCCCACAUAAACCCACUCCACCUCAUAUACAGUAAGCACCCCACAUUCCCUUCACACACUACUUCUCUCUCACACAAACACACUUCCCUCUCCCUGCCACAGACACACUUUAACCCCCCCCACACACACUCUUAACCUCCUCAUAUGCACUCUACUUCCCCUCACACAAAUACACACACUAUUCCCCCAACAUACUACACUUCCCUCACACUCACACACAUUCCACACAUAAGCUCAGCCCUUUCUCCCCCACACACAUUCCACCUCUUCCCCUCCC